AUGAGUUUCAUAUGGAGGAGCGUCUUCAACAGAUCGAAGCUGUGUCUCUCCACCAUCGCAGCAGCUCCUCCCCCCUGUAGGCUGCUCCACGUAGGCCAGCGAGCCUCCCUCACCAAAGCCUUCUCCACCCAGGAUGUGGAGCUGUUCGCCGCGCUGACGGGGGACACCAACCCCCUCCACCUGGACCCGGCCUACGCCAAGACCACCUCCUUCGAGGCGCCCAUCGUGCACGGCGUCCUCAUCAACGGCCUGAUCUCGGCGGUGCUCGGCACCAGAAUGCCCGGCCCGGGCUGCGUCUUCCUGCACCAGGAGAUCCGCUUCCCGGCGCCUCUGUAUAUCGGCGAGGAGGUGCUGGCCGAAGCCGAGGUCGUCAAGAUCAAGAUGUCGUUCGCCCUGAUUGCGGUGACGUGCUCGGUGAAGGACAAGGUGGUGAUGCAGGGGGAUGUGAUGGUGAUGAUGCCCGAGGAUCAGCAGAAGAAGGGUUGAGAUGAGGUCAGAGGUCAGAGGUCACAGCAGGCUGACAGUGAACAGUUCAGAUGAUGUGACAGUUUCGGGGACUAAAAAUGGCCGCCGCUGCCUGUGCUGUGGCUCAGCUUCUCCGGGAUUAAGUUGCUUCUGGUUUGCAACAACUUUUCUACCCAGUGGAAUUUGCACAUUGAAGAUUUCACGCUAUUGUUUCCAUUUUUGUUUCUGAUCUUAAACCAUGAGAAGAAGAACACUGAGCAGAUCACAGACACUGACGAUGAUUUAGAAUGCAGUGUUUUUAAUUUGUUGGCUCUGCUCUGCAUUUUGUUUAACGUAAUACAUUUUUGCGUGGAAUAAAAUUGUGAAGUUA